UUAUUUUGCCUUUGAUGUUUUAGGAGAACUCUUUUGCAUAGUGAUUGAACCUGGGGCUUCAUUGAUUAGGCCACAUUUGAGCUGUGAUGUAUAACAGUGGUUAUUCUCAGGCCAACUUAGGCUUGGCUGCCAAGAAGAUGCAUAAGUCGAAAGGCAAGAGCUGUGGUUACUACAUGAAGAUUGUCUUCUUUUUCUCCUCACUCAUCCAGUCUUUGAUCAUUGCGAGUCUGGUGCUCUUUCUGGUGUAUGGACAACCUGAGCAUACGGUGGAGGAGAAAAGACUGCAAGAGUUGGACCAAAGUGUCAGCAAACUCACGAUGGAAAAUUUCAUUCUCCGUGGGAAGGAAAAGAACCUCACCAAAGUUCUGAACGUCACUCUCACUGCGAAGCUGAGCAAUGACAAAGUUCUGUCUGAAUUGCGCAAACUGGCAAACACCUCAGCUGCGACAAUAAAGAACAUGCAAGCAUUAAUGUCUCGAUGUGAGAUGGAAAAAAAAAUGCCUCGCUCAUGCCCUCCUAUGUUCUGUCCAGACCCAAGUGACAACAACAGACGUUUGCAAAGUAUGCUCACACAGUCAGAGGAAAUGCUAAAGCUGGUCAAAGCCAACUUUACUCAGGCAGUGGCCAUUAUGAAGACUGAGUUAGACAACUCCAACAAAGACAAGGAUGGGUUUCACUUAGAAGCAAUUAGACUAAGGCGAGACAAGGCAUUCCUUGAGGAAGAGCUCAACUUGUAUCAAAAGAAGUGCAAAGAGGAUUUUGUAGAUUCUUUACGAGGAAUCCCCAAUGUCACCAAAGAAUUCCUCAAAAGGAUCGAUGACCUCUUCUCAAAACACAUUUCUUUCCAGCUAACAUGCGAUAAACAAAAAAAUCAACUUGAAGACAUUAGGGAAAACUGUAGCAGUCUUUCAAGAGAAGUUGAGAACAAGCUCCAGUCAUAUCUGAACAUAGUGGGGAACCAGUUCACAAAAAUUAAUGGAGAAAAUGCCAAAUAUGUGAUAGAGAACGUACGCCUGAAAGAGGACGCUGAUUGGUGCAAUCAGAACCGCAGUUCCAUGAUUCGUGAGAAUCGCAAGAAUCUUGAGCAAUUGCAGCGCAAUUGUGACCAAGACAGUGAAAAACUUCUGCUGGAGAAUAGAAAACUAAAAGGAGAUAACAACCUGAACGAAAACCUUCUUUCUGUGAAGGAAAAAGAAAUUAAAAUGCUCAAAAGCACCAUUGAGACUCUCAAUACCUCACUUGCCAGCUGUAAGUCACCAAUGCAAACUGGCCGAUACAUGCCAUGGCCAGGGACAGGCUCCACCGGGUCAGCAUAUCCCAGUCUUAAUGGUGCAGGAUCAAGCACAAGAUGGGGCAGCACAGGGUUAGGUGCGACAGGAUCAUUAAGUACAUCUCCAGGGGGGACAGGGACCCUUUCAAGUGGACUAGGCAGCACAGGAUUAGGUGGGCCAGGAUCAAGUAGAAUAGGUCUCACCCAGACAGGUACAAGUAAUUUGGGUGGAGUAGGACCAGGGUUGACAGGAUUUGGCAGUGCUGGAUCAAGUCCUUUACCCACUGGCAAUAUUGGACAAAGUGGAACAGGGUCAACAGCAUUCAGUAGUGCAGGAUCAAGUGGAGUAGGGAUGGCAAAACCAGGGAUAGGGGGUGCAGGUUUUGGCUCAGUUGGGUCUAAUGUACCUGGAUUUGGAGCGACUCUUGGAGGAGUAAGAACAACAGCAGGUGGAAGUGACAGUCAAACGUUAAACCAAGCCCAAAUAAUUCACCAUCUGAAGGAGCUGCAUCGUUAUUCAGUCCCAAAUUGAGGGAGUGAACAAAGUACUGGCAAAAUCAGGCUAAGCCAGGAGUGUCUAUAUAUAUACUGAUUUAUUAACUGUUUGAAAAUAGAAAACCUAAAUGUACUGACCCUGCAAGUCUGUAAUGUGAAUACUAAUUAACAUGAAUAUUAAUUAUUUUUGUGGGGUGAAGUUGCGCAUGUCUUUUGCGCAUUUAUGCUUGUAUAUACCUUAUAUAAAUAUAUAUAUAUACAUAUAUCUUGUGUAUAUAAAAUGAGUCUAUCGCUGUAAUUGUCUUUCAUAUAUAGUAACUUUUUUUUUUUUUUUUAGAAAUGUGUCUUCUUGCUAUGUGGAAUAAAAAAGUUAAUGAUCAAAAAAAAAUUAUGUCAACAUGUUUUAUUCAUGUUUUUCUUUUUUAGAAAUAAUUGCUCAAAUAAUUCAUACAGAAUGCAAGUCACACUGGUAAAGAGUUAUCUGUAUAUAAAAAGGGGUAAAUAUGGCUUGGAUGUGAUAUUAAUAUAAUGUUGCAGUUAACCAUAUUAAAUUGCAAUAUACUA